UUGCCUUUCAAGCUAUCGGUGAGAUCCAAUCAUUCGCAGGCAAAUAAGUAAACAUUGAAGCCUUAUUUUUUUGGCAAAGGAAAGAACUCGACUUCGGUAGCAGGUGUAAACGUUUGAAAACUGUUUUGCUAUAGUUGCUCGUUUUCAACGACAACUAAGGCUCUAUUAUGACCUUCCGUGCUGCCUUGUGGUGGGGACUUUUCUCUGUUGUAUGUUUAACGUUUGUGGGAGCAGUUAAAAGUCGACCCGUUGAUGAUGAAUUGUGCCGCAUCGUAAAGCAAGGUGAUUGUAGCUGUCAUUGCAUUCAAACAAGAAGUACAACUUGGGGGAGCAUAGCAGACUUGUACAAGAGGCUCUUYAUCAAAUCUUUUGCUCCUUUGGAUUUGGAAUCCGAAUGCAGGAAAUGUGAAGCUGAAUGUAAAAGGCAUAUUUCCGUCAACUGUUUGAAUGGAGUUUGCCAUGAAAAUGGCUGUGAAUGUAAUGCAUGUUGGAAAGGCAAAUCUUGCCAUCAGUCUGCCAAUGAGCACGCUCCACGGUUUCAUCAAGAUUCAUACAAGGCGCACAUAUCAGAUGAUGUCGAACCAGGCGCACUUGUUGCUGCCACAGUUGCUGUUGAUGACGAUAAGAAGAAAUGCAUCCCAGAUGCUCCAUGCCCAUGUGGAGAAAUCAUCUAYUCUAUCACAAGCGGUAACGAAGCUGGAUAUUUCACCAUCGAAAAGCACUCUGGGAACAUAAGGGUGGCAAAGAAACCGGAAAGCACAACUACGUUUGUUCUACAUGUUGCUGCUGCGAAUAUUGACGGGAAAUACGCAUCGACAGAAAUAUCAAUUGAUGUUGUGAAGUCAGAGAGAAGAGAACGUCGAUCCGUGAAUCAUCACAUCGUUAGACGAAGCGUCCCUUCACCCUCCCCCUCAGGAAUUAUUACCGUCASUCCAAACAUUCCGAACAACACAUUUUACAAUCAAGGGGACAAGAUAAUAUUCAAUCUGACAGCUUCUCAUAACCAGUCCAUAGCGGUCCCCCAACCAACUUCUUCCCUWAAUUUCAAAUGCUCGUCUAAGUUUCUGUCUGUCAUUGACAAAGCAGCAAUAAGUCAAAGUAAAUCAGUUGACAGCUGGGGAGUGAAUAACGGAGAAUUAACUUUCACCGCUGCCACCCUGAMUAAAAAUGAAGUUCUGAAAAUCCAGUUCGAAGCCGAAGUAAAGACGACCAUCCCUCCUUUGGCGAAUCUGUACUUUUCCUGUGAGGCUACAGCAUCGAGUUAUAAAAUUGGACCUUCAACAUCGUCACCGACACUGUAUGGAGUCUUCCCUAGAAUAACUUUGACAAGACUCACAUCGCCUGGAGUUUCUCUUAUCACGGUAGACACUACUUUGAAGUUCCAGAUGAUCACUGAUUUACCUACCUUAACUUUUCCAUUGGCACACGAAUGCACCACCGCAAUCAAUGACUUCUCGUCUAUGGGCAUNCGUAAUGUACAAAUCACCAAGAAGGGAUCCAAUAUUGGUGGUGGGGAUCUCAAUCCAACACCACAGUAUCAUAAAAGUUCCCAAGACCUGAAUCACUACGAUAGAGUAACACUGGACUUUAAGAAUCUGACGGUCAGUUCUGGAUYGAGUGAAAACAGCAAAAUUGAGAUUGAAUUUGACAUUGACCUCAAUGAUCAUCCUUUACUUGCCAAUGGCUCUAAGCUUUGGAUUGGAUGUGGGCUAAGCAGUGCAUCAAGCAUGUUAGCUGUAGUCCAAACAGCUGUAUACGUUAAAAAGAUUGAACCAACUGUCUCCUGCACSGUCACCCCCAAAAAUAAUACCAUCCAAAACCGWUACUCCAUCGAUGACCRCCUCGUGAUUGACUUUGAAUGCAGUCACACUAACACAUCCACCGCCAAUGCCAAAAACAUCAAUCUAGAAUUCUGGAGUGUCUUCUUGGAUUUUUUGAGUGCGACUUAUACUGUCGACUCCGGUAGCUCAAAAGCAGCARCUAAAWUCAAUGAUACAAGGUUGGAURCUAUCACCGAGGYUCCCUUCAAUCAAGGUCAAGUGAUCAAAGGAGAAAUCCACGUGAAGGUUAGACAUGACAUGUAUCCCUUGGCUGAAAUGAACUUGUUUGUGCGCGUUUCCUACCAGAACCUAGCAGGAAAAGACAAGAUGAAGACAGUUCAUAAAAUGAAGCAGCCUCCGAUUGGUUCAGUCCCUGUCAUCAGCCUCAACAUCACUAAUCCAAAAAGUUGCUACCACGUUGGCUCUACCGUUGAAAUGGAUUUUAAAAUUUUGAUGAGGAAGAUUAAUUCUCCUCUUAAGGUUGAGAUUAUUUCUCCAGUGAAUUCAUCAUCUCCAGUGAUGGCAAUCAAGUCAGUCUCUUCGCCAGUAGUUGGUUCAAACAUCGUUAAUAAUGGCCCCCUUCAAAAGACACCGAUCAACUGCAAAUCAACAGUCAAUGACACGUCUUUAAACGACCGUUGUUCUUUGGAUUUUGGUAGCGUUAAGAGCACCGUUGGAAUAGUCGACAGUCCACUAAAUGAGCUCUCCAUUAAAUUCAAUAUCAUCUUAAAUGACCAUCAGAUUAUGACAAAUGGCUCAAAGCACUGGCAAGCGGUAGGCGUUCGUGGGGGAUCCCGUAUGAUGUGGAUAGGAGAGGUAGCUAUCAAAGUGUGUUCGUCCGCUGAACCUAAACCUGUUUUGAAAAUAGAAUCGAAUUGUUAUAUCCCUGGUACCUCGGAGACAUGCUGUGCAGGCAAACUGAAGAAAAACGAUAAAGUGCAGUUUAAUAUAACCGUGUCACAUGAUAAUAUAACGUCGGAGCAGUAUGCCAAAAACAUCAAGGUUAUCCACAUGCUUCCCCGAUAUGUUGUGUAUGAGAGUACGAUAUUCAAGCAUCCAAGUAGUUUUGUAUUUGCAAAUUCUAUUGUACCUCAACUCACGGAUUCCGAACCAUUCCGUUUUCUGGACCAGCUUACAUUCUCUUACAUUGCCAAGCUUGACCCUGAAGAUUUGAUGAAAUUAGAAGGAAAUACUCAAGCAACGUCCUUCGCUGAUGUAAGCUACGUCGGCCAUGAUACAAACAAGUUUUUCAGCACAAGCACCGAGGUCUGUGCUUCCUUUACCAUUCCUCCAGCCAUGAAUAACCAAGUAGGCCGAGUAAUUGCUAAUGAUGGAGAGGUACUGUAUGCCAUAGCUAGAAACAAGAGAGCCUACAUGAAGCAAAAAAAGAGAGGAGAUACUUGGUGUUCUAUCAGCGAAGAUCAGUUGAAAUCUGAAGUCACUAAAUUGCCCUCAGACAAUCUGAAGGUGAUUCAUGGCAACGAGACAAAUGAAGCAGAUCCCAAAAAYGAGCAUAUUCUGGAAGAUGGCAGCCACCAUUAUGGAGGAAACAAGAAUGCUGUAUACUUUAGACCUAAAUCCGGAGGAUCGUGGCAAAAAAUGGCUAUCUGGAAGUGCUGUGGGGCACUUUAAACUAUUACUAAAGUAUCGUAUUUAGAAUAACACAUGCUCAAUAUGCACUCAAGGGUAACCAAAGUCCAAUAGCUAACACAAGUCUAGUUAUCUGACCUUGAUACAUAUACUCCUUCAUGUUGUACUUUGUAACUAACUAGCAAGUUUAAACCACUUAGAAGAGGUGAGACUUCUUCUUUAUCUUUUGUUUUUUGGUCUAUCAAUCAUAUCUUGAUGAGACUCAAAAUUGACGAUAUAUCUAUGAUAUAAAAUACCAUUCAUACAAUAAUGUAAUAUCACUCAUAAUUGUAUAGCAACAAUGCAAACAGUGCUUUAAUGCAGCUUGGCAGAUGACACUAUCUGUUCAAUUUUUGUUUGAAUGAAAUAAUUAAGUUGUAAAGAUGAUUACAUUGAAUAAAAUAGCUUUGAUAUC